AUGGAGUCUCCUCCUGCUUCCUCUGCAAAGUUCGAUGUGUUUCUUAGUUUCAGAGGUUUCGACACACGAAACAACUUCACAGGCCAUCUACAAGAUAAGCUUUCCGGAAAGGGAAUCGACGACAGGCUCCGCCGAGGGGACGACAUCGCCGCGCUUUUCGAUCGAAUCGAGCAAUCCAAGAUUGCCAUCAUUGUCUUCUCGAAGAACUUCACAAACUCCGCGUGGUGCCUCCGAGAGCUUGUGAAAAUCCUCCAGUGUAGGGACAUAAACAAACAGGUGGUGAUACCAAUCUUCUACAAAAUUGAAAAAUCAGAGUUGUUGAUGGUGGGAGACGAGCGUUUCACUGAGGACGAGUCUUCAUCAUGGAGAGAGAGCUGCGUUGACCACAGCUUUCAACAUCUCUGGCUAUGUUAUCAAUGA